AUUUAGGCUUGAAAUAGCCCAUAAAUAAAAUUCGGCCUAACAGAAGCAAUCUAUCCAAUAGAAUAGCGAUGCAACGAUCAUCUCCACCUGUAAAUGAAAACAAUGACACUAACGGCUGGUACCGUUUAAAAAAAGUGGCACAAGCCGUUUCAUACGGGGCUACGCGUACGUAUACGGUAGAAGUCCCUAUACUACAGUCACUGCUAGAAAGAAUAGCCAAGCGUAGGGUUAUGAAUGUCGGUCAAUUAUUGUGUAAUAUCUGAAGCUGACGGGAAUCGGCACCUGUUGGCUGAAUACUACAUCGCUAGCGUGCUUGCGUUGUUACUCUACAUGUACAGUUCAGUGUUCAGUACGUAAUUACAGUACAGCUCGCGAAGUGAAGCGUUCUCAAGGACACAAAUGCGAAGAGCCUCUAUAGCCGCCACUACUACACAUCCAACGUCAACAUCGCAUACAAACUUCCUAUGACGAGGUAAUACUGUCUGUGCAAUAGCAGCUUUGCCAUGAACCCCGAGUCGUUGGCGACAACCCGACGCCGUAGCCACGCUCGUUCUUCAAGCCCAACAAUGGACCCCGUUAAUGGGGCUGAGGCUCCCAUAUCUCGCCCUGGCCCUCGCUCUUCUUCCAACUUGGAGCCGCAGGGUGGGUUGCUGCGCAGAAUCAACUCCCUUCCGGUCGCUAGGAUAUCAAGGACCGCAACGGCGUCGCUAUUUACGCGUACCGAGACCUGGGGCGAUGCAGGUCCUUCGCUCAACCAUAGUUAUGGGCCGGCCAAGGGGCUUCUCGUCUUUGUCCCCAUUGGUAUCGCUGCUGGAGUCUGUGGCCUACCUGAUGUGGCUAUCCUCAUCCUCAACUACCUGGCGUUGGCGUCCUUGGCUCCCUUCAUCACCUUCACCGUCCUGGGGCUCUCUAAUGGCGUGGGAGUCUCGAGUGGCCUCCUAAGGGCUAUCUUUGGAAAUGCCACUGAACUAAUUAUCAGCAUUACUGCUAUGUGCUAUGGCCAGUUCCAGCUUGCCCAGGGGACAUUGAUAGGGAGUACCAUAUUAUACUCCCUUUUUGUCUUAGGUGGCAGUUUCUUGUGCGCCAGCUACGGCAAAGAUCAUCAAAUGUUUAGCAAGACUCGAACGGGGGCCAUGUCAGCUCUUGUCAUGGUCGUGUCCAUUUGCCUCACCAUCCCGACCAUCAUGUCUAUAUCGAACAAGGAAAGCGUACCACAGGAGGGCCGUCAACGCAACAUGCUAAUACUAUCUCACGGUACUUCCGUUGUCCUCUUCUUCCUCUCCAUUUCGUACCUCGCAUUCCGCUUCCAGACUCACCAUAAACUGUUUAACCGCGACCAUGGGCCCACGCGUUCAUUGACCGUGCUUCUCAUGCAGCCAGAGCACGUUACCACGAGCCCUCUCAUCCUGGCUUUCGGCUUCCUAGGCGCCAUGGUCUGCGCUGGGAUCUGCACCAACUAUGUGAUCCGCAACAUUGACCUUACGGUUAAGAUGUUGCACAUAACUAAAUCUUUCGCUGGCCUGGUUCUUCUGCCGCUGGCGGGUAACCUUGCGAAGUCCUUCAACAUCAUUAGGAAUGCGAGACAAGAGGGAAAUAUUUCGCCCAAAACGGCGAACAACUUGGACUGCGCUAUACGAUUAAUCAUGACAAAUAUCCUGGAUACCCUGCUGUUUAUCAUGCCUCUCUUGGUUCUGUUAGGUUGGAUCAUUGACAAGCCUAUGACGAUGCAGUUUGGCCUUUUUGAGACCGUCGUCUUCCUCCAGUCCAUAGUCAUCAUGACAUACUUGGUACAACAUGGCAAGACUACUUAUUUCGAGGGUUUUAUGCUCAUUGGAACAUAUGUCUCUAUCGCUGCCGCUUUCUAUGUCCGCCCUGACGUAGCUGAAGGCGGCACCAACUCAUGGAAAUGAUGGGUAUAAAUAAAAGUAAGGGAAGACAAAAGUCAAUUAUAUGGCUCAAUAAAAAUAGCCAGCGCGAUAACCGUGUACCUAAGAUAAUAAAGUUAGCAAAUGGCAUGCAGAUUUUAUCUUCAAAAC